AUGGUACCUGGAGGGGCGUCCGUGGUUACAGCCCAUCAUCAUCCAUCGAUCCGGUCCCGCCCUUCAUUUAUCUCCGUCCCUGGGCUUAUUCAGAAACUACUAUCUACUACUCCCGGUUCCUCACGGCUACCAAGGGAAGGGAAAAGAAAAAACAUGGAUGCUCGUCAGUGGCAUGGUUUCCAUACGGAUUUCUUCUGUCACAAGGUGUAUCCUGCGAGUUUCGCGGGCAUGGCAACAUGGCAGGCUUGCUCACCCUGGAAUGGGAUCGUAGUGGUUGCUCGGUUUGUCUUGCACCACGCAAUGGCCUGUCAGCCUAUCUCGCCUGUCCCACCCCCAGGAGUAAUUGGACCCUGGGCAAAGUCAUCUGCACCCGAUGUCUGCUGCACGGCUCAGCCAACAAUUCGCGCCCGCUGUCCAUGCAAUGAUUGUCCCGGCAUUAGUUUGCAUGGCGAUGCUUCACUUUCGCGAUCCCGCGCAUCCAAUGAGGGGCUCUCAAUAGCCUUGGUUCAAGGGGCGGUGGUGCACCAGCUCUUCGUCAAGGCUCGCAAGUGCAGAACUGAUGCAAAACGCCGAGCGAGUCGGUUGAUGCGGCCCCGACAAUUACCCAUCGACUCAGCCGAUAUGGCAAUAAGCAGGGGACUUCCUGUGAGGCCCAUGCCUGUGAGACUGGCUGACCACAUUGUCCUACGGUACGUACCUUGCUGGCUCACAUCAUCCGCCAAUGCAGGCCUUCAUGUGGGGUGUGGAGGUCCCAAGUGCCUCGUGGUAGAGGUUACCUACGCGUCCAAUGUUAGGGUUGCAUUUGGCGGCUACCUAGCCUUCUUGAGCAUCGCUCGUUACCCACCGGCCCCAUCGCAAAUCGGUGGCUACGGCUGA